GCCUAUGUAACCGGACACUCCGUGGACUCUGAGACCUCAUCGUUCAUUGGCUUCCAGCACAGGAAUGCCACUCUGGUUCCCCUGACCUUCAUCGGAGUCUUUCUCUGGUUGAUCGUAUAUCUCCUCCGCUUGUGUUUGUUUAACUUUCUCAGAACCGUGGAAACGCUCGUGCAUCGUUCGCCGCGAUGACAGCAGCCUUUUCUCCCACUCACUGUCUGCGUUUGCUCUCCUGCGGGGUGUCAGGCUGUAACGUCAGCUGGUUCUGGGUCCGUCUUGUUGUGUUUUCUCCCCCCACCACUCCCGUUCGCCUGCUACCACUGAAGCCAUCACACAACUAGACGUGCUGUGGCUCAGAAAAAAGUCAUCGAAUUAAAAGAAAGUGAACUCACUCUCUGAGCAGGCUGAUGCUGGCGGCAGGGACCUCCCACUACUACACCCCCAGCACUGGAAAAUGACCAGAAGGAAAACGUGGACUUUACUCCUCUGUGACACACAACAAGUCAGCCAGCGGGAUAUGUUCCGUCCUAUUCCGAGGAAAAUCAAAGGCAUAAAUCUAGACGUGCUGAGGAAAGAUUCACUCCCCAUGAAGCAUUUAUUUAACCUUUAACUGAUGUUUUAGUUAUAACACUUAGUUAUAACACAUACUUACAUGCUUAUGAGAGCAUGAUUCAUCUUCUGGCUAACCUCUUAUUAAUGCAGUUUACUCAUCAGCACAGGUGACUAAAACCCAGACAAGCUGCUGCUUUUCAGAGGGUUCUCCUUCUCCAAAUAGAUUAUUAGACAAACAGUAGAUGAGUAACCGGCUCUGGAUAUUUCACUGAUGGUGUGCUGCCCCCCAGUGGUCAGAAAACAGAACAUUAGAUGGAAAUGGCAGACAACAAAAAGCUGAUUUUGCUAAAAGAGAAAGUAAACUGUUACUCUUGAGGUUGCAGAUAAACUAUAAGAAGACUCGUGGGGUCCUGCCAGAGGUGACAGCGUAGAGUGCAAUCGUGACAGGAAGUGCACAGAGAGAGUGUAGCAGAGAGAAGUGUAGGGUAGGGGAGAGGAUGCAGAGCCUUCAGGAGUCUCUGGAAGAAAACACAAGGAUGCCAUUGUUCUGUCACGAGGAUAAACGUGAAGAAAGCAAAAGGGUUUUGCGACCUUUGCGACAGUCGGAAUACGACAGUGUGAAGAAGAUGGCGGAGGUGGCUAGUGGUGCAGAGCUACUCAAGGAGAAGGCAAAUAAGUACUUCAAAGAUAAGGACUACGAAAAUGCCAUCAAGUACUACACAGAGGCUCUGGAUCUCAACCCACAAAAUGCCAUCUACUACAGCAACCGGAGCCUGGCGUACCUCCGCACGGAGUGCUACGGUUACGCCCUCGCAGACGCUACGAAGGCCCUGGAGGUGGACAAAAACUACAUAAAGGGGUAUUACCGCCGCGCCACCUCCAAUAUGGCUCUGGGCAAAUUUAAAGCUGCGCUUAAGGACUAUGAAACGGUAGUAAAGGUCCGACCAAACGACAAGGAUGCAAGGAUGAAGUAUCAGGAAUGCAAUAAGAUUGUGAAGCAGAAAGCCUUCGAGAGAGCCAUCGCCAGUGAUGAGAAGAAGAAGUCUGUGGUUGACUCCCUGGACAUAGAAAGCAUGACAAUCGAAGACGACUAUGUUGGCCCCAAACUGGAGGAUGGAAAGGUCACGGUGCAGUUCAUGAAGGAUCUGAUGGAUUGGUUCAAAGACCAGAAGAAGCUGCACAGAAAGUGUGCUUACCAGAUUUUAGUUCAAGUUAAAGACGUCCUUUCAAAGCUACAGAGUCUCGUUGAAAUCACGCUGAAAGAGACAGAAAAAAUAACGGUUUGUGGCGACACCCACGGGCAGUUCUACGACCUCCUCAACAUCUUUGAGCUGAACGGCUUACCCUCCGAGACAAACCCCUACCUCUUCAACGGUGACUUUGUGGACCGCGGUUCUUUCUCUGUCGAGGUCAUCCUCACCCUCUUCGGCUUCAAGCUGCUUUACCCCGACAACUUCCAUUUGCUCCGAGGGAACCACGAGACGGACAACAUGAACCAGAUGUACGGAUUUGAGGGGGAGGUCAAAGCCAAGUACACGGCCCAGAUGUUCCAGCUGUUCAGCGAGGUGUUCCAGUGGCUUCCCCUGGCUCAGUGCAUCAACAACAAAGUACUGGUUAUGCACGGGGGGCUUUUCAGUGAAGACGGCGUCACCUUAGACGACCUCAGGAAGAUCGAUCGGAACAGACAACCUCCGGACUCGGGUCCCAUGUGUGACCUGCUCUGGUCAGACCCACAGCCUCAGAACGGCCGCUCAAUCAGCAAGAGAGGAGUGAGCUGCCAGUUCGGACCUGACGUGACGGAGCGCUUCCUGGAGCAGAACAAGCUGGACUACAUCGUCAGAAGUCAUGAAGUCAAAGCUGAGGGCUACGAGGUCACCCACUCAGGGAAGUGCAUCACCGUGUUCUCAGCACCCAACUACUGUGAUCAGAUGGGAAACAAAGGAGCUUACAUCCAUCUCAGGGGAUCCGACCUCAAGCCAGAGUUCCACCAGUUCACUGCUGUGCCUCAUCCGGAUGUCAAGCCCAUGGCAUACGCCAACACGCUAAUGCAGCUGGGGAUGAUGUAGAGGCGAUGAUCCACAACCAUCCACACCAUGUUGGUCCCACCGGUGCUCGGACGCACCCUCGUUCGUCCUUAGCCGACGGGAUUCCUCCCCCAGACCGACGUUGUCUCGCUGAUGUAGUUCUGAUGGGAGGACCCUCACCCGUUCAUCUGCCUGCUCGCGUGUGCCAUCACUGAGUUUUAGACCCGCCUCCUUUCAGCUGCUUGAGCCUUUUUUUAUUUGAUUUGCUCAGCAGAUGACUUCAAAUAGCAGGUUUGUACCAAAGAUCCGUAAAAAAUCAACGAUUGUUCAAUUUUAGCAAGUUACACAGUAAACUGGAUUAAGGCGCCGCCUGUUCGUCCGUGUUUCCGACCUGCACCAUGCCAGCUAACUUAUCAUAACAAAUCUGAAGAAAUGUGGAACAAGAGGUGCUCUGGGUGAAUUCGUAAAGGUGCUGUUUGCCAUUAGUGAUGUGUUUCUGCUGGUAGCGUUGGGUUUGUCCUGCUGCCAUGCUUCCUGCUGGGGAAGGUACCGUCGCUCCAUGUUUCCAUCCCGUCUCAUCGCCGUGCCGCCCACUCGGCGGCUCCUGCACAGUCCAGCCCUUCGAACCCGCUAGCGAGCACUGAUGGCACUCGAGUCUUCAACACAGACCCACACCUGCCCCCCCUCUGUGAACUCCUCCGUCACACAGUCCUGUCUUGAAACGCACAGCUGCAUUGUUCAACGGCCCUCGACUUUUUAGAUGAGUAAAUACACACGUGUGUAUGUAUAUAUACUGUAUCAUUUAAAGAGUGUGUAUUGUUUGGAAAAAACGAUUGAAUAAAAAAUCAGGUCAGUGAUUUUAGAAACAA